AUGGCAGACAUGCAAAAGGUUGUUCAAAAGCCAUCAAACGCAUUACAGAGUGUACAACAAGAUCUGGCAGAAAGUAAAACUAAAUACAGGAUAGUGAAACAGGAGAAAGACAUUCUCGCUGAAAGGGAGGAUACAAUUAAAGAAGAGCUGAGAAGAAGUAGAACUACAGUGAAGACGCUUAGUGAGGUACAGGCUCAAACAAACAUCCUCGAAGCAGAGAAGCAGCAGGACCAAAAGGAGCUGAAAGCUGUUAAAAUGGAAAAAACGAUGUUGCAGAGAAUGAUUGCAAAUGAACAAUCCCUCAAACAGCCCUUAGAGACUAGUGUUGUGGCUAAAGAGGUAGUGUCCAUUACAAAUGAAAGCAAAGUAACCAAUGGGAAGAAGCUGGCUGGAAAGUCAUCAGUGAAGGGAGAUAAACAAGCUCAGAAGAGGGACCAGUCAGAGGAGCUGCAGCCCACAGCUACCAGCAGUGAAGAGCCUGAGGCAGAGGUGAAAACUGCUGAGGCAAAGGAAGAAAGUACCGGAGAGGCAGAAGCAAAGGGAUCAAAAAAGAUAAAAGAAGGAACCGAGCAAAGACCCAAACAACCAAAGGUUAAGGAUGAAGCAGAACCCAAAGAGGUCACUCAGAAAACAGGUACUCAGGAGAAAGCUGGUGACUCCAGGGGCAAGGGUGAUCUUUCGAAACUCAGGGAGAAAGAAAAAAGAAAAACGAGUCUGUCUGAGGAGGAGAGUUCACCUCAAACAAAACCCUGUCCCGCACUGGAAGAGAAAGCGAAAAGAAUUACCUCACAGAGUGCAGUGCCUGUGGAUUCACGUAAAAGAGAAAGCUGUGAAACCAUUUCAUCUGACAGAGAUGUGAAUCCAGCCGUGGAAGAUAAAAAUAAAGUCAUUUCACCAGAAGCUGCAGGGCUGGAGGAAGAAUCUCAAUUUGAAAAGGAAGAAAGAACUUCAGCACUAACUAAACAGGUUAUAGAAACAGAAGAAUUUCAUAAACCGAAGGAGAAAACAAAAAGUGAAAUGUCUUUAGAAGAAAAAGAAAAAGGGAAAGCAGGAGGAGGGGAUCUUGUUUCGAAGCACAAAAAGGAGAAUGAGGAAAUUCCACUUGAGAAAGAGGAAUUUUGGGAUCAGAAGGAGAAAAAGACAAGUGAAAUCCUGAUCACAAAUAAAGAAAGCGAACACCAGCUUCGUAAAGAGAAAUCUCUUGUACGCAAAAAAGAAAAGGACCAAAUUCCACUCAAGAAGAAAGAGGAAUCUCGGGGACAGAAGGGAGAAAAAGAACCACUUGUGAAAGAGGAAUGUCAGAAACAAAAUGAGAAAAAAAUUAGUGAAACAGAAAAAGAUAUCCGGGCUAGAAAUGAUACACCUCCGGAAAACAUGGAGGAAAAGGACAAAAUGCAACCAGAGAAGGAGGAAUCUUGGGAAAGAAAGGAGACGAGUGAAAAGAAAGAGAAACAGAAAGAUCAGUGGAUGGAAACGGAGAUAUCACCGGAACUGAAAGAGAAACAAAAAGGGGGUGUCCCAGAACAUAAAGAAAAACUGAGCGACGUUCAGAGUGACCGAGAAGAAACCCCGGAACCAUCAAUUACUGAUCAAGAGCCUAAAGGAGACGAGGAAAGCAAAGAGAAAUACAAUGGAUGCAUCCAGAGUGACAGAGAAGAAACCCCAGAACCACCAAUUACUGAUCAAGAGCCUAAAGGAGACGAGGGAAGCAAAGAGAAAUACGAGGGAUGCAUCCAGAGCUCGGUUUCAAUUGAACACAGUGAAGAGGAAGAACAGUUUAGAACAAGCCCUGAGAAGACGAGCAUUGCCAAAACCAAACAUCCAGCAGAGAAAGGGCCUGGUAGAGAACACUUGGAGGAACAAUCCACUCCAGGAAGACCGGCUUCUUCAGAACUGGCAUUCCCAACCGCAAUUUUAGUAAUGCCCUCAUCGUCACAAGAGGAAGUCGUGUCUUAUAAAAGGACAGAGGCUAAAGGACCCGUCAGAUUGAGGCCCUUGCCUCCUGUUACUGACAGACAUUCAGCAAGGAGAGACCUCUUGAGAGAACACCCUGAAGAGACCCUGCCUGUAAGUCAGAAGGUGGCGUUCAUCUCAGUAGAGAAUCCAGAAGGAAGGCCCCUUCCUGACACCAAGAGGAAGCAGCUGUUACCCCUCCCGCAGCCGGUGCCAGUCAAGACGUUUUGUGAUAAGAGCGUUCAGGUGAAUCUGGUUCGCAAUAUUAUGGACUUCGAGAGUGGAAAGGGAGAUCUGCUUCUCCGUGCUAAACUGCUUGAGUUGAAGCUGGAAGCUCUUGAAGAUGCAGUGACAAAAGAUCCACACAAAAUGUUGAAGCUGGAAGCUCUUGAAGAUGCAGUGACAAAAGAUCCACACAAAAUGGCCCGGCCCGAAUACAAGAUUGACAAUUUCAAUGAGCCGUUAUGCAUCAUGGAUAUCAUCUAUCUUUCCGAACUCGUUGUUAUCUCAGUUAUCGCUUGCCACCCUGAAAGACAGCAGGUAUUAAAAGAGAUGCAGAAAGGAAGGAACACUGCAGAUUCCAUUCUUUAA